UAAAAAAAUAAUUAUGGGCGUAGAUUUUGGGAACACUAUUCAAAUGAUAGUUGAUAAUACUAAAACAAUUGAAAUAUCUCAAACUGUUGAAUUUCCCAAAAAUGUUGUUUUUGAUGUUAAUAGUCUAGGUUUAGGGGCACAAACCAAACGAAUCAAACAUCCUUGCGAUGAUCUUAAUCAAUUGAAACUAUAUUCAUGGGCAUGGAAAUAUCUUUCAAAUUCCGCUCUAGAUCCAAAAUCUUGUAAUAUUAUUAAUAAUAAUUCUCAAUUUAAUUGGAUUCGUAAUUUUGGCCAGGAUGAUGAAUCUAAGACACCAUGGUUAUAUAGUGCUUUUAAUCCUAUAAUUAUUCCUAAUAAUUAUUUGUAUGUAUCUUAUGAAGAUAUUAGUUCAUUACGUUUGAAGUUAGAAUUUGCAAAGAAUAAUUCAAUCGGAGGAAUGUCUAUAUCUGAUGUUAGUUAUGAUGAUAACAACAAUAGUUUAUUAAAUUUUAUGCAACCAAUACGAGGUAAAUCGGCAGUUGGAAGUUCAUCUCCAUCGAAUGAUUCAGGUAAUGGAAAAUCUAAAUCAAAUCCUAAUGAUUCAAUUCUUCCUAACAUAAGCAAACAUAAAGCCGGAGUUAUCGUCGGAUUAGUUCUUGGAAGUAUAUUUGGUCUACUUUUAUUGGGAAGUUGCGCGUACAUGUAUCGUCAAAAAAUUCUUCUUAAACCCGAUGCUGGAUAUAUUAAUCCAGAAUCAUCUUCAAAUCGAGUUGUUUCUUCGACUACUAUACAACAUGAUCGUCGGAUCAUCGAUCAUCUAACUAUCGAAUGA